CCCAGCAGAAUGUUCAGAAGGCAGCUGUGGGCUUGAUUCUGGAAAGAACUGAAACUGAACAGUGCUGGGAGUAGCUAUGUCUGGCAAGGGUUUUAAGGGCCUUGGACAACAUGCACAGGGUACAGUGCAGGAUGCUGCCAACUCCCUGGGACAGGCCGCGCAGCAAGCUAUGAACCAGACUACAGAAGCGGGUCAGAAAGUUGUGGACCAGGCAUGCAAGCUGGCUCAAGAUGGUAUUGACAAAGCAACUGGACAAGCGGCAAAUACUGUCUCUGACUUAGAGAAAAAACUGGGACUUAAGAAAUGAUGGCAGCAUUGGUAUUUAAAGCAGAGAAAGAAUUGCAGGCAUCCUAAGAUCCAUGCUUUCCUCUUCAGUUUUGUAAUGAUGAUCCUCUUUAUAGAAAACAUGAAUGAUGUUCUUUUUCUGUUUUCAUUGUAUAAAUUUGCAUGCUGGGGGGAAAUUGUUUUGUAACCUUCAGAAGAAAAACUAUCCAAGAGACAGACAACUGUAUUCUGCAGUUCCGACAUACAUAGUUUUGAUUUAUUUCAGACCCAUUGUCUCUUCUAUAAUAAUGGCAACAACCCGCAUGGCUCUUCCCCAAGGCAAGAUAUAUUGCCACCAGCCCAACCUUGUUCCUAAUUCUUUAUGUACAAACAAGAUGUCACAUGACCUUCACUACAUCGAGGAUCACUGGAGCAUCUUACAAAGGAUACUGUGUAGUUGUGCUACGCUUUGUCAAGUUACACAAAAAGUCCCUACAUCACUAAAUUAGGGGUCAGUGCUUGGUAACUGCCGAACCCAGAGGGGAAAGGCUGUGGAAAUAAGGCUGGUGACAACGGGGCUGGACAGCAGGCCCUUUGUGCCGGAGGGUGGCUUGGUUCUACCACCCCCUUCCCUUGUUAAAGUGGUUCGCGGAGCAGGGGGGUGGGACUAGAAUUUGGCCUGGGAAGGAAGGGCUUAUUUUCCUGAUUUAUUCAAAUUGGUGUUCUUUUUCCCAGUAUUUACUCUGGCUCCAAAAGUGGAGCUCCAUGUCUUGGAAUUUUCCCCCUACCAAAAUUAUGGACUGGUUUGCUGAGUGGCUCAGGUGUACAAGAUGGUGAUGCUACACCACAUGGUGUUAGCACUUCACCUAGGGAUCAUUCAUAAACUGAUGCUAUGCUUGUAGUAAAAUAACUAAUACAGAGUGGUCACCCUGAGGUUCUCCAGCUAUGGUUGGACUACAAACCCCAUCAUCCACAGCCACAAUUUUUAUUGCAGCCGGGAAAGAUAGGAGGAGUUGUCCAGCUACAGCUUGGAAGCCUCAGGUUGGCCCUUCCUGAACUAAUGCAACCAAUAGCAUUUGCUGCUUUGCUUAGUUUGCCUUCCUGAGAUCAAGACAACCGUAUGGUGCACUGCUAACCUGCACUGUUUGUGUGCAUUUAAACACACACUUUAUUUCACCAUUAAACUGGGAGGGUUUUUCAUGUAAUGUUUAAUAGAUGGACUCUAUUCUUGUUCUGUAAUUGAAAGUCAGACCAAUCUUAUUUCCCCAGGGUGUGUCCCAGUUCUUGGAAUGACUCCUGACUGGCCACUUGUACCACUGUGGAGCAAGAAGUAUGCAGGGUGGCAAUAUAACGCUGGAUUGUUCAUUCUCCAACCAAACAAGAGCAACCAAUUGACAAACCACUUUGUCAUUUCUGUAAUUAAGCAUCCAGGGGCGUAGGGAGCUUGGCGGGGGCCGGGGGACAAAGCCCCCCCCCAGUGUUCCAAAGCAAAUGCAUGCCUUAAGCCACACCCCUCUUGUGUCUGAUGUCAGUCGCAGGGGAGGGGCCAAUGCCCGGGGAAAAAUCCCUCCCUCCUCAGCCAGCGUUUCAUUGAAAUGCUGCCUGGAGAGGACGGGGGUGUGCCUCGUGCUGCCGGCCAGUGAGCACUUUGCUCACCAGCUGGGUGUGGGAGGGAGCAAGGGGUGCCCAGGCUAAGGGUGAGGGGGAUCCUUUGGGGUCCCCCAGACCCUUGGGACUGGGGGACAAUUGUCCCCCCUUGCUCAAUGAUUGCUACACCCGUCAGCAUCACUAAAGCACAAAUAACUAUUGCUGUCUUUGCUCAAUUUUUGGGAUAUUAACAAUUAUUCUGCACAUUGUCAACUUGCACUAUCUGUGUAUGCAGUUUCUAUACACUUAAUUAAACCUGGGGGCUUUGGAGUAGGUUUUUUGACAUACUGGUGUCUGUUUGUUUUUUGCUAAAAGAUAAAGUCUAACUGAAGAUUUAUUUUAGCUCUGGAGGGGAUGUAAUGUUAUUGUAGUUAGAAUGGUUCCCAACUAGUUAACAACACUCCAGAGUUUAUUAAGAAAUGUGCAGGCUGGCAGUGUAAUACUGCAUUAUUAGCUCUCCUCCAAGCAAACUGGAUCGACCAACAGAAGACCAUAGUAAUGCCUGUAAUUCACCAUAGUUAAUGUGCAAAUAUUAUUUGCUACCUUAGCUCACAAGACUUUGCUUUUGUUGAUUUAAGUAUUGCAAAAUAAAAGGUGCAUGAUAAACUUCA